AUGCCGGACGAGUCGAAAGGGAAGAACAGCUUCCCUGAUGUUUCGGCGAAACUCUCGGCGCUUCCUAAGAAAUCACUUUUUGAGCGUCAAAAAGCUGAAGCGGAGGCCAAACGCGCCCGGGAACAAGCAGAGACAGCUGCAGUCUAUGAGGAGUUUGUCAAAUCUUUCGAAGACGAAGAUCCAAGUGUACCGCAGUCAUUGGAUGGAGCGAGUACAUCUAGAAGGGGUGGUCCCCCUAGGCGUCAUUUCGCAGCUUCCUCUUCACGCGGCAGUGGCCAUGGUCUCCUAGCCCCCCCACCGUCACAAAAACGUCCCCGCGAAAACGUCCCCCUCUCCCGUCGCGACAACAAAUCUGAAGACAUGCUUACUUCACCUGAAGCCGACAGGGCGAAUAAUGAGGAGAGGGCAGCGCCCAAACCCAUAUUGUAUCUUGCAUCACUUCCUCCCUGGACAUCUCUGUCGGUGAUCAAGGCGCUGAUCCCCUCAACCCUGACCGUGGACAAUGUUAAGAUUAUCACCCCACCCGGACAAUUGCCGACCCACCGGGAGUCCUCUUCUGCUCUCGUCACCCUCGCAAGCGACUCGGCCGCCUCUGAUAUCGACACAGCUGUAAACACCCUGAAGAACAAAUAUCUGGGCUGGGGGUACCACCUGGCCCUAUGUCGCCAUCUUUCCUCUGCGGCGAUCAACCCAAACAUGCCCCUGCCCAUUAGCCUUCCGUCGACGACCGAUUCUCUUCCUUACGGAGCUACGUCUAUUCCACCGAGUUCGGGCGCAAGCCUGAAUCGAGCCCCACCGCCAGGGGCACACCGUGGGGGAAUCCCACCCCCAAGCUCGUAUGGAUCAAGCGUUGGUACAAAUGGCCAAAUUCAUUGGGUGCAGGCCCAGCUACCGACAGACAUAAGAGUGUUAAGACAGAUACACAUGACUAUUGAGCAACUCGUGAAAAGAGGUCCUGAAUUCGAAGCAUUGUUGAUGAGUCGGCCAGACAUCCAGAUGGAUGAAAAGUUUGCCUGGUUGUUCGAUCCAAGAUCGCCUGGUGGUGUAUACUACCGUUGGAAAUUGUGGCAAAUCAUCACAGAUCCCAAAAAGAAGAAUAUUGAUAAGCCGACGAUCAUCUUUGAAGGUCGUUCGACUUGGUUACCCCCAAAACAACGCCUCGCGUUUGAGAACGUAACUCGCUUCGACCAAAUUGUCUCACACCCAGACUACAACUCAUCUGACGAAGAACACUCCGACGGAGAAGAUGAAAGACGGAACCGUGGUGGAUCACCUCCAGACGACGAACUUGAGUUCUUGACCCCGUUGAAGUGGGCCAAGCUUACCCAUCUUUUUACACGACUUCCGACGACACAUGCCAAGCUCCGAAAUGGAGAUGUUGCGCGAAUUACAGCAUUCGCCAUGGAUCAUGUGGCAGUGGGAGCACACGAGGUUGUCAACAUGGCUAUUCGAAACGUUCUCCGCCCUCUGGCCUACACGGGGGCCAACCCAAAUCAGAAACCGGAAACCGAAGAUGUGUUAGAUAUGUCCGCUGCCAAACUGGUCGGGCUUUACAUAAUUUCUGACAUUCUUUGGUCUUCGGCAAAUAGUGGCAUGCGCCAUGCAUGGCGAUACCGCCAGCUUUUCGAAAAUGCUCUUCGAUCACGCAAGGUAUUUGAGCACCUUGGCCGACUUGAUAAGGACCUCCAAUGGGGACGACUGAAGGCAGAGAAGUGGAAGCGCAGCGUUGGCGCCCUCUUACACCAGUGGGAAGGGUGGUCUUGUUUUACACAACUCAACCACGAGUAUUUCAGCCGAGUGUUUGAAAAGCCACCACUCACAGAAACCGAAUUGCAGAUGCAGAAGGAGGCAGAGAAAACCCAGGCGGAGCAAGCUGCUGUUGCAUUUGCCAAAAGCAAGAGUCGAUGGAAGACAAUCGAUGAUGAGCGUGGAAAUCAUGAUCCUACUCACCCUACGAAUGAGAACGAGCUAUCUACCUCUGCUCACGCAGUGGGCGAAUCGAUCUAUGAAAACGAUGGUAUUGUAAUGGACACCGGUGACCUGGAGGAUAUCGAUGGUAUUGCAAUGGACAUCAGUGACCUGGGGAAUAUCGAUAGAGAGUUUACGCUCGAGGAGCUGUCAUUGGGCGAUGAAGAUACCCAAACCGAGACCCCCGAGCAGCCACCUCAGCACCCAACCGAAUCUGACAAAUCUGAACAACCAGCUGGGCAGCAGGAGCCAGAAACACGGCGACGAAAGCCACGACCCAAGGCUGAGGACAUGUUCGCGUCCGAUUCGGAGUGA